AUUUGAAGGAAAGUCAAAGUGAACAUGUAUGCUUACAUAAUCACCUGCUCAAGGCCAUCUCGCCUCCUCUCCCGUUUCACACACAUAUAGUGUCUAGGUUCUAUAAUUUUUGCAACAGUUUGACUUUCACAUUUGCCAAUGCACAACUUUGACUGUAAUUAUAUUUAAUUAUGUAUUAGUAAACAUAAUAAAAAGUUGAUAUUUUGGAAAUUCACAUUGAUAAGAGUUCAAUAACAUUUUAUACGUAAUAAUUUGAUUAUGUAUAUUAGUAGAAAAUCAUAGUCAAAGUAAGAUAUGUGAAUAGUGUAAAAAUCACAAUGUUGCAAGAAUUAUAGAACGGAGGAAGUAUAUAGCUUAUCGGGCCGGCGUUAUAUAUAGUUACACAUAUACAUAUUAUUAUAUACAUACAUUUUAAAUCCUUCAAUUCCCAUAAACAAUGGACAGCCAAUCCACCGCUAGUAACAUCUCCGGCGGCGGCGCACCCGCCGUGAUCCAGAUCAAUCAAGCCCGGAGGCUCCCGGAUUUUCUUCAGAGCAUUAAUCUCAAGUACGUGAAAUUGGGUUACCAUUACCUGAUCUCACACCUUCUCACCCUCUGUCUAGUCCCUCUCAUCGCCGUCACAGUCAUCCACACGGAUUACCAAGAUUUGCUCCGCUUUUACCGGCAUCUCCUCUGCAACCUCGCCGCCGUCACCGUCUUCUCCGCCUUCAUAGUAUUCGGAUUAACCCUUUAUUACAUCAUGACCCGACCCAGACCCGUUUUCCUCGUGGAUUACUCCUGUUACCGCCCGCCGGAAAACCUCCGGGUGUCCUACGCAAAGUUCAUGAAUAAUUCCCGGCUGACCGGCGAUUUCGACGACCCGUCGCUCGAUUUCCAGCGUAAGAUCCUGGAAAGAUCCGGUCUUGGGGAGGAAACUUACCUCCCGGAGGCUGUGCAUAGCGUCCCGCCCGCCAUUAACAUGGACUCUGCUCGGGCCGAAGCAGAGCAGGUCAUGUUUUGUUGUCUGGAUAACUUAUUCAGGAACACUAAGCUCAACCCCAAAGAAAUUGGUAUACUAGUUGUGAAUUGUAGCCUGUUCAAUCCUACCCCGUCGCUUUCCGCCAUGAUUGUGAACAAGUACAAGCUUAGAGGGAACGUCCGGAGCUUCAAUUUGGGCGGAAUGGGGUGUAGUGCCGGAGUCAUCGCCGUCGAUCUUGCGAAAGACAUGUUACGAGUUCACCGGAACACGUACGCCGUCGUCGUCAGCACGGAAAACAUAACCCAGAAUUGGUACUUCGGGAACAAGAAAUCUAUGUUGAUCCCCAACUGUCUCUUCCGCGUCGGCGGCGCCGCCGUUUUGCUAUCCAACAUGGCGGCGGACAAGAAGAGAGCGAAGUAUGAGCUCGUCCAUGUAGUCCGGACCCACAAGGGGGCGGAAGACACCGCAUUCCGGUGCGUUUACCAGGAACAGGACGCCGCCGGAAAAACAGGGGUGUCACUGUCGAAAGACCUGAUGAGAAUCGCCGGCGGAGCACUGAAGACAAAUAUCACAACCCUGGGGCCGCUUGUGCUUCCGAUCAGCGAACAAGUUCUGUUCUUUUCAACGCUCGUUUCCAGAAAGGUUUUUAAGAAUGGGAAAAUCAAGCCGUACAUCCCGGAUUUCAAGCUGGCAUUUGAAAACGUGUGCAUUCACGCCGGCGGGAGGGCGGUGAUCGACGAGCUGGAGAAGAAUCUGCAGCUGUCGCCGGUGCACGUGGAGGCGUCGAGAAUGACGCUGCACCGGUUCGGGAACACGUCGUCGAGCUCCAUCUGGUACGAGCUGGCCUACACGGAGGCGAAGGGGAGGAUCCGGAAGGGAAACAGGAUAUGGCAGAUCGCGUUUGGGAGUGGGUUCAAAUGCAACAGUGCUGUUUGGAAAGCUCUGAGGAAUGUGAAGCCUUCUCCAAACAGUCCAUGGGAAGACUGUAUUCACAAGUACCCAGUCCAGUUGUCCACUAAUUAAAUUUGUAAUGUUGGAUAUGAAGUUGAAUAUAUUAUGGAGUGUAGUACUAGUAAUGAUGUCAUAAUGUCAGGUUUAACUGAUGUUUGUGUUUGGAUUAUGACUUUAGUACUCCCACUUUAGUCCUACCUCCCUUCCUAAACAAAGUAACAGUUUUACAGUUUUACAAGUUGAUAUUGAC